CCUAUUUCAACGAUGCACAACGACAAGCUACCAAAGAUGCUGGACGAAUUGCGGGGUUGUCCGUGGAACGUGUCAUUAAUGAACCCACGGCAGCAGCCAUGGCAUAUGGAUUGGAUCGACAAGAUAAAGAAGAAACAAUCCUCGUCUUUGAUUUGGGAGGUGGUACCUUUGAUUGUACUUUGUUGAGCAUUGAUUCAGGGGUAUUUGAAGUUCGAGCCACAUCAGGAAAUACACACUUGGGAGGACAAGACUUUGACCAGCGUACCAUCGAUUAUUGCAUUUCACAAUUCAAACGUCAGUCUGGGAUCGACUUGAUUGAGGUCAAUGAUCAACGGGCGAUUCAGCGGUUGCGCAAACAAUGCGAAGCAGCCAAGCGAACGCUGAGUACUCAAACUUCUGCGACCAUUGAUUGCGAAGCAUUGCAUCAGGGUAUUGACUUUUCUACCACUCUCUCCCGAGCCAAGUUUGAAGCACUCAACAACGAUCUCUUCAAAAAGUGCAUGACACCCGGUAGUUUCUACCGCCAGUGGACCACCAUCGUAUUUAAGCAGCCCUUCACGUGUCCAGAAGAAACAAAGACGUGGAACAACAUCGGCCCAGAUUCUCGACCCGGCUCUUGCCGCGGUCCGUCCACUCCGCCCCGAACACACACUGAUCAGACAGCCCCUUCCCACCAGUAA